AUGCAGAGAGACAAAAGGUAAGACAAAAAGAGUUAAUGGACUGGAUGAGGUUAAAAGAGAUUCAAUCCAGACAAGACAGCUGUACUGCUGGUAGGUGAUUCAUUUACUUGGUGCUCAACCCAUUCUGUAAGGAGUUGCACCCAUCCCUAAAGAAUAAAGAUUGCCAUGUGGGUUGCUUAUUGAUCCGACAUUGUCAUUAGAGGCUCAAGCAGUCUCUGUGACUGAAAAUGUCUUUUAAUAACCCAACUGUGACAAUACUUGUAUAGAGAUAGCUGGCCACAGUUACAUGUGCUCUGCUAACCUGUGUCCAUUGUCAUUGGUCCAAGGUAGGGCUAACCUAUGUCCCUUGUUAUUGGUCCAAAGUAGGUCUAUAUUCUUGCAUUCCUUUCCACCCCUUAUUACACCUUUUUGCAGCCAUUUUAGCCAUUUACUUUUUGCUCUGUCCAUGACAAAUAUAGAUCUUUGCAGAGCUCCUGUGGAAAUCUGCUGGCUCUAUAUUAUAUUGGAAGCUAUUCUAUAUCUUAAGAGAAAAUGUGUUUGAUUGCAGACUUUCUGAUUUUUCACUCUCUAUGCUCAAACCUUUUUCUGUUGUUUAUCUGCCUUGAAUUAUUGUGUUUCCAAAAUAAAUGUGGUGUUAUUACUAAGGCCCCCUGACAGGGUAACACUAAUGUAAAAUGACUUGCUUGCAUAUUAUUCCUUUUCACUGGCCAAUUCUUGCCUUGGUAUAUGACACAGACAGUGACAGGGACAUGAUGAUUGUUUAUGCUGAUUAAAAAAUAAAUAAAUCUCCAGGCUCGCAGCUUCCCUACAAUUUAUAUUUUCAUCCCUUGCCUAUAUUUGCUUUUAUUUAAUAAUUUUAUUCAUGCUGUUUAUCAUGAUGAAUCUGAAUUUUGAGGGAAAAAGUAGGAAAAGGUGUUAAGUUUUUCUAUAUUUAAAGCAAGGGUACUCCCUUUGUAGACCAGAACAAGAGGCUGUGUUUUUACGAACAGGCUAUCAUAUUACAGUACAACAUAGAUAAAAUGAAAGUAACCACAAGAACAAACUGAAGGGUGCAGUUUUAGUUCCAACCUAUAAGACUUGAGAUAGUAUUUACCGUAUUUUUUGCCCCAUAGGGCGCACCGGCCCAUAGGUUGCACCUAGUUUUUUUGGGGGGGGGAAAUAAAGAAAAAAAUUUUUAUUUCCCCUCCAGGUGCGGGGCUGGGGCGGGGGAAGCCCGAGCUUCCCCCGACCCCAGCCCCCAGAACAGGCUGCUAUCCGCAAGCCUAGGGAGCCCACGGGAAGUCGUGCCGGUCUCCCCAGGCUUGCGGGUAUCUGCCUGAAGGCUUCGGGAUGCAGGCAUCUCUCUUCGGGAUGCAGGCAACUCCGCAAACCAGGUCGGGGAAUAGCGGGAUGGCGGCGCUCCGCCUCCCCGCUGUCCCCCGAGCUUGUGGGGCUGCCCGAUAUCUGCACGAAGCCCAGGGUGCGCUGUGCAGCGCGCCCCAGGCUUUGGAAUGCAGGCUGCUAUCUGCAAGCCUUGGGAGCCUGAGGGGAACUCCCGCGGAGCUCCUAAGGCUUGCGGAUAGCUUCCUGAAGCCUGGAGAGCAAGAGGGGUCCGUGCGCACUGACCCCUCUCACUCUCCAGGCUUCAGCGAAAGCCUGCAUUCGCCCCAUAGGACACACAAACAUUUCCCCUUCAUUUUUGGAGGGGAAAAAGUGCGUCCUAUAGGGCGAAAAAUACGGUAACUAUGGUGACCAACCACUACAAAGGUUAAUGUAACUUAAUGUGGUGGGAAUUUAAGUAAUUUUUUCUGAUAUUUUAUGUUUUAUCACUGAUAGAUUUCAAAUGUAAGAGUCACCAGUGCUGUAAGUGACACAUACCCAUUUGCCAGCUGGAAAAUCCCAAGAACAGCAGGAAAAAUAUUCCAAGGAGCUCAGCACAUUUGGGCUGAUUCUUAGAGUACGAGUGGAGGAAUACUUGCUUGGAGCACAACAAAACACAGGUAAGAAUUAGACUUACUCUGUCAAAAUGACGGUGGUGAAGAAAUUGUAAUUGUAUUGUAGGGUGCCUCCGGGUUCCAGCUUGUCCCAUGUGGUGAUAGAGUUGGCUCAGUCAGUAGAGCAUGAGCCCCUUGAUUUCAGCAUCGUGGGUUCGAGCCCCAUGUUGGGCCAAACCUCGUCCCUUCCAACUCUAUGGUUCUUUGAUAUGAGGGAAAGUAAUUCAGAUUACUAAAUUCCAGAUACUAAAGUUUAAAGUUGAAUGAUAUUGCUUUAGUUGUCCAGAUGGGGCCUAUGUAAUGUAUAAAAUGCUGCCAUUCCCUCUCUUGUGAAGCAGAUGAAAAGUGGCCCCAUUUUUAUAACUAGUAAGUCAUAUGAUAUUCCAUGCAAUUGUUUUCAGGUUACGCGCAGGUAAGUGCUAUACUGACCUUCUCCUGGUGGAACAUCUUCCCACAAGGAAGAUGGAUGCUGGGGGCUUUGGGCUAUUGAAACAUGCAAGAAGAUGCAAGAUGGAAGCCUUGUUGAAAUCCCAGAGGGAAUGACUGGAGGGAGAUGAAAGGCAGCAGCAGGACUGCCUUCAUUGGCAUGGUUGGGAGGGGUCAACUGCUCUUUGGCUCCUCCCUUCCAUGGACCACAGAGAGAAUCAGCAGCAAGGCCUCCAACACCAGCAUCAGAGGAAGACGCAAGGCAGCAAGACUGUGGUUACCAGAUUUUUUUCAAGGAAUCUGGGGACACUUUUUUGAGGGUGGGGGAUUUCAUGCUUUAUUUCAGGAAAGGGUUGUUCAGAGUUCUUGACCUUUUUUUAGGGGGGGACCCCAAAGUUGUCAGUCACGCACCUUGACACAAGGCAGGCAGAGAAGCCCAUCUACAACACACAAACACCAAACAAAGAGGUUGGUGGGUGGGGCGGGGGAGAGAUCGAGUAAAGGCGCUCGCUGGUCUUGGGAAAACACGCAUUAAAACACACACGCUUCCCAUAACCGGGAGACGGCUGAAGCGCGAGUGCACUCGCUAUGGAGAUUUAACUGGCGUGGUGGUGUCUCGUUACCAGAGGUGGACAAACAGCAGACUCACACACAGCCCUCCUCACAAGAGAGGCUGCUGGGGCCGGAGGAGGCGUGGAGGGAGGGAGGAAGCCUCUGUCUCCCGAGAAUGUUUCAAACCCCACCCCCCGCGCCCCAGUGGCGGACUGGCUAGCUGGAACUUUGACAUGGCCGGGACCUCUGGUGCUCCUUGCUGCCAUGGUGUCCACCAUGUUGCCUCCCCGGAAGUCGCCAGGCAUGAAUGUGGGGACAUUAAAAUCCGGGGACAGAUUUUGUCCGUGGGACAGAAUGGUGAAUCCGAGGACUGUCCCCGGGAACCAGGGACAUCUGGUAACCCUAAACAAGACCCCCACUCCACUGACCUUCCUGGGACCAACUGCCAUUUGCAUCCUCCUUUGCGUUGGUAGUAGAAGGAGAAAGCACAGAUCAAAAUUUUAUGUGACGUUUGUUUUGUAAGCCGUCUUGAGGACUUUUAAAAUCUAAAGGCCAGGCAAAAAUACCCCAAAUGCCUCCAUAAUCUCAUUAGCCAAUUCGUCUUGGGCAAGAGUUGCGGCAGAUUUGGGGUUUUGUCUCAUAACUUCAACAGCUUUCUACAUCCAGGGAAUAUUUCAAAGGAUAACCCACAGGCAGUAACCCUAUGUCCAAUAUGAAUGGUUAAGCCUACCCCUCCAGCCCCCUCCCAUUUCAACAGAUGAAACUAAGGGAAUGCUUUUAUGCUCAGCUUCCAGCUGGCAUUUCCAUGGAAACAGAGAACUUGAUUAUCCAUUCACUCAGAUGAGUUAAAAAAUGAAUAGCAUUCCUAUCAUAGUAGUAAACGGAUGUACAUCUUUGGAAAACUGAAGCAAAAAGAGAUUCAAGCCUAUUUCUUUUUUUUUUUUUUGUAGACUUUCACAGAGCACACACCUCAUAUAAGAGCUGUAUUCAAGUCCUUGACACCAGUUUGGUUAAAAACGAAGGAUGUGGUCAUUUUUAAUAUAUUUUUUAAUGUAUUUUUAUUAAAUAUAUUAAGUGUCUUUGUGUGCACAUCACAAUAUAGCAAUUGAUGAGGUGCUAAAGCUCUGGGAGCUAGAAUCUCCACUGCCUUAUUCCAUCAGCAGGUAGAGUUUGUAACCAGGGACAGCAAAGAUUGUCUUUGAUAAUUACAAGUUGUCUGAUGUAGUCCUGAUGAUACUGUCCAAUACCAGGCUACUUGUUUCAGCUAUUGGAAUUUGUUGCUCUUGUUAAGUGUGAUGGGCACAGGUUGUGUACUACUAGAUAUAAUAAUAAUAAUAAUAAUAAUAAUAAUAAUAAUAAUAAUAAUAUAUAAUUUAUAUCCCACCCAUCUGACUGGGUUUCUCCUGUAACUAUUCUCCUGUUGAGGUUUUGUAUUUUCAUUGCUUUCUCAGAGGAGCAAAGACAAACCUCUUGUCACCUUCUAAAGAAAAUAGUUAUAUGGUUUUGGUAUAUUUUUGUUGUGGCUGUUAUAGUAGAAAGAGUUAAACUUCAAUGGCUUCAGAUGAUGUCAUCAAGAAGGGACAGCUUUGUUUGGAGGUAGGUUGGUUGCAGUAAUGCUCUUGAACAAAUUAGACCUGUCUCAGCUCUCCUAUGUUGUAUCCAUGCACUGUGUACACAUGUACAUUUAUGCUGCACCAUCUAUACGUGAGCACCUUCAGUUUUAUGCCUCUGAAGUCUAUCUCAUUGCUUCCUGUUCACAUUAGUGGGUGCUUCUUGCACUGUGUGUUUUCCUUGCUGCUCAGUACUUCCUGACUCUCUGAGUUCACAUGAGGCCUGUUUAUCUAUCUGUGCACAAACCUUUAAUUUUUAAAUUGUUUGUGGCCCUGCUUUGUUUUGGCAAUUUGCAGAUCUGAAUAACUGAAAAUUGGUCCCAUCUCUUUAAGUUAAAUAAUCAUUGCCAGGAAGAUGUCUCCCUCCCUCCCAUUCAUGCAUACGCUAUGCCUAUGUGGCUCUUAAUGCAGUGUUUUGUGCUAGAACACUUCUGCAAAAAUAAAUAAAUCUGUUUAUAUUUUUUCACAGCAUUGUUUCCGUUGGACUAAUGCAAUAAAAUGGGAGUAUGGUGUGUGGUGAUAGACAGCACCCCCAAAAUGUCAACACACCCACACAAUAUAUUUAAGAGCAUCCACACGUGGCUAAUGUAAUUUUAACAUUGGAUAUACUUCCUUGCUGGAUUAUCCCUGGAUCAGGAAAAUCCAAAUUUAAUGGAGGGAAAGUGCAGGCUGCCAGGUAGGUGAGGAUGAUACUAUGUGGGUGACACAAAGAGAGUCAUAAGCAGCUUCAAAUCCACAUUAAUCUCCCUUGUCGAUGAGCCCUUAAUAAUACUGCAGUGAUGAGAAUUUUGUGCCUCUAAACAGUCAGCUACCACUCUGUUGUCAACUGGAACUCCUCCGUCUUGAGGCAGCCAGCUCCAGCUAAUUUAGGGCAUCUUAAAUGUAGCAAUCAGCAGCUUUCUUCAGCUAGAGAGCAAUGAGCCAAUGUAGCUGCUGCAGAGAACACUGGAAGCAGAAGCCUGCAGGGCACUUUAUGGUUCAGUUCAGCUUUAAGCUCUUGGGAAAGAGAUUAGCCUGAGGAAACUCUCGGCUAUGUUUUGAAGAGCAGAAAUGACUCUCUGGGGGGUACACUGGAAGGAGAGAGGAGGGAGGAAUCUAUGAAAGUGCUUUGUUUUUUCUGACAUUUGUUGACAAACAUUUUGCUGCACUGACACCUUUAAAUAGGGGUGUCUGAAUCAUCUUUCACAAGCCUUCCUUAAGCAGCUGCUUUCCUGAAGUCUGUAACGGAGUUAAAAUUAGCAAAGGGAGCUGUUUCAGGCCUCGUUCAGUCCAGUCACAGGGUGUGCUAUUAGGGGUUCUUGAUCAAAACAUUCCACAACUUAUCAGUGCAAAUAACUAUUUAUGGUUUCCGCUCCUCUUCACUCUCCUUCCAACCUCUAUCGCCCUGCCCCCUAAAUUAAUAACUUCCCAAAUAUCUCCACACCUCCCAAAAGUUAUUUGGUAUUUUCAUAUCAGUGACAGCCAUUUCAACCAAAUAUUCCAAUUCCAUCUUGUUUUCUCCUCCAGUGGCUUCAAGUUACAAAAAAUGAGAUUCCAGCUAAACUUCGGGAAGAAUCGUCAGACAGUAAGAGCUGUUUGACAGACUCCCACAAGAGGUGGUGGAUUCUCUUUCCUUGGAGAUUUUUAAGCAAAGGUUGAAUGGCCAUCUGCCAUGUAUGAUCUAGUUGAGAUUCCUGUAUUGCAGGGAGUUGGACAAGACUAGACAGUCCAUGGGGUCCCUUCCAGCUCUACAAUUCUAGGAUUCUAUAGUUUGUAGACAAUCCUCAUCCUACCAGUCUACUUGUUCCCUAGCUUUAAUCCUGAUCUCAAAGCUGCCAUACCCAGUAUGGACACCCCCACAUCUCUUACAUCUUCAGACAGACACAACCUACCCCUGAGCAGUGCCUCACGAUUUGCUAGAUUGAAAUUUGAAAAAGAAGAAGAAGCAAGGGAACCAUCUCAUGCUUUGCAUUAAAAAAUAAUGCUCUGAAAUAAGGGAAAAUAUUUAAAAAUAUAUUCCUAAAAGUACUGAGCAGGCACAACUAGCCUAACCUGGAGAAUAAGCCUCAGGAAAAAGAGUUAUUUGAAAGAUUCAGGAUGAAGCUAGUUUUUUGUGAGGGAUUCCAAACAUGAAUAUGUGUGUCUUUGUGAGUGUGCUGAGGAGAGAAGGUUUGCAGAGGAGAGACAGAGGAGACUUUGUGCAUGGUGUUGGCUCUGACACAGCUCAGCCUGUUCACUCUCUCUGUUUUUCAUUUCUGCCUUCACAGGAACAUGCAGUGGCUCCUCAUCCCCACCAUCCUUAUAAUCACUUAUGCUCAACAGGUAAGUUUUCUAGAAAAAAAUCCUCGCCAGAACAAAGGCUGAAACUUUUGUUUUGCUUCUUAAGCAAGUGAAAUUAACUUAAGGGAAUAAAUUGUUUGUGCAUAAUAUUGAGUUGUUCCUACUUGUGGGUGAUUCUUUUUUCUUUUUACAUAAUUUGCAAUUCUAACACAAGGCACUUGAUUAGAUUAUUAUGACAUUAUGCUUUUAUAAAAUUCUUAGAGCAUUUUUUGGGGGAGUCUCUAGAAAUUUUUAUAAAUUAUUUUCUGCUACUAUGUUUAAAGCAAGCAUAUUCCCCCUGUUUAGGUCCCUGUUGUCUUUCAUGGUACAGUCUGCUUGAGUUACAAAUAAAUUGCUUUUAGAAAACUGCUUUAAUUUUAUUAACUAAAUCUAGUCAUUUUUCAUCGACCAAUACAAAUGACCCAAAUUACAUGGAAAUGGGAUUUGUAGAGUACACAAGCAGUUUCUUCCCCAUCCCCAUUUUUGUAUCUAGUUAUUUUCCAUAAUUUUAUUCUUCUUCCUAGCCAUAAAGUCUUUUAGGACUGAUUAUCUCCUUUCCACCUAAUUAAAAAAAGAACAUUGCAAGGUUACUAUUGAUUCCUAUCACAAGUAUUUUGUUCAGUAGUACCUUUGCUGCAAGAAAUUGCUACACAAUUUUCAGUUCUGCACUCCACUGUUUUUACUUGGUGGGAAAUGGUUAAUCUGUCCUAAAAGGCUUUAUGGAUAGAAAGAAAGAUAAAACUGUGGAAAUCAACUUGAUACUGAAAAAGGGGAUUUUUAAAAAACUUGCCUUGUAUUUUGAUAUACUCUGUUUUAUAAUGUUGAUCAUCAUUCUGAUAUUUUGCAUUAAUUGCUUUAUGUUGUUACCUGCUUUGGGAUUCUCUUGGAUAGGAAAGGCAGGUUAUAAAUAAGCAGUGAAAUGAGGAUAGCAGAACUGUUCAAUAUUAGCUGUACACUUUUUCCAGGAUGGUUAACAGAUAAUUUUAGAGUAGAGCAGAACUAGUUUUUCUAAAGAUUACAGAAGUUUGCACUUUGGGGAGUAGAGUGGGGAAAACUAAUAUUUCUGUGUAUGGAGCAUGGCCCCCUGAAAGAUUCCUGCAGCUUGUUUUGUAGGAGUGCCAAUCUGCUGAAUAUGCAUGUACGCAUGUGCUGUUUUUAAAAGAAAUCCUUUGCUGGCAGGCCUUCAUUUUCUUUCCUCUCACUGGAUAUUAUUGAGGCUCUUCCAGCUAUGUGCCCACUGCCCAGUUCUCAAAUAUUUGACUUGUGUGCUGUAUGCACUGCCAUUGGACGCAAGAAUUUACAGAUGCUCCCUUGCGCCUCCAGAAUAGCAUAUCCCGAGUAAGUUGCUCAAGCUCCUGAAUAACGUAAAGUACACAAAUAGUGUCAUCGGUUAGUGACAUGGUGCUGCACCUGUGAACGUUUGCACAGGAAAGGAAAGAAAGGUUCUGAACACCAUUUCCAGCCUCCUCUCCCCAAUGCUAAUAGCAAGCUCAGGGCCCCUGGGCUGGAUUAGGUUACCAGAUUUUUUUCAAUGAAUCUGGGGAUACUUUUCAACUUCCUACUAAAUAGAUGGAUUUUGUCAGGGAACUGAUUUGUAAAUCCGGGGACUCUCCCCGGGAAACGGGGACAUCUGGUAACCUUAGAUUAGGACCACAGUGGGGGCACACAAACAAAGGGUGAAAGCCCUCUACCCCCAUGUCAGGGUCCUGAUCCAAAUCAGGGUCUUCCAAUGCUUGUUGUUCACUUUUAAGAUGUGAUCUACAAUUGCUAACUGUGUGAACAGUUUCGGGUUUAGUUGGUCCUAAAUUACACCUGGCAAUUGAAGCAGGAAGCUGGCUAAACACUGUUAGCCAAGCCCCACAUCGAAAGCUGUUGUUGUAAGGAUACCAGAAUUGCACCAUUUCCUUGAGGAUAUUUAUAGUUGUAUAGUUUCUGUGUCACUGUACCAUCUGGGUACAGUGCCAUUUACUUGGCUUGAUGGAGAUGUGUGUGUGUGUGUGUGUGUGUGUGUGUGUGUGUGUGUGUGUGCAUGUAUACAUGGUGUGACUUUUGCCUAGCUAGAAUGUAGACUGCUGUACAAAGGGAGGCAGUCAUACCUGACCAGACUGAAUACAUGCUCGACAAAUGCAUUAUACAAUUUUCUUUAAAAAUGUUUAGGGGUACUCUCAUUUUGACUCAAGAAAAUCACCAUUUUAUAGUUCAAAUCGGGGAAAAUAAAUACAGUAAAUGGCCCAAAAUGGCCCAAAAUACAAAGAUUCACAAAAUGUUUAAAGGUAUGCGUCCCCUGCAUCCCCCCAGAAAAAAGCACUGCGUUAUACAGUACCAAUUAGGACAGUGUUAAACAAGAUUUUCUUUACAAGGGAAAAUACUUUGUUGUUGUAUUGUACAUAAUUGUAGCUUGUCACGAUCUCUUGUGCGAAGGGGAAAUAAAUACAAAUAACAGCAGUGUGUUUGUGUGUAUACACACACAUUUGCCAUUUUUGUUGGAUGUUUUCCAGCUCUCAGGUAAGUCCACCUAUAUGAAAGCUUUCUUGCAGGGUGCAAACCAACAGGCAGAAGCAAGGAAAGGCUGGAGAAAAAUCUGCAGAGGUUCAUCAACGCAGAGAGCUAUGCCACUGGCCCUGCAGAUGCCCAGUGGUACCAACCUGCAGCCCCGGGGUGAGCCUGGUGAAGGAUGGCUGCGGAUGCUGCAAGAUGUGUGCCAAGCAGUCAGGGGAAACAUGUAAUGAAGCUGAGGUCUGUGACCCCCACAAGGGGCUAUACUGCGACUACUCUGCAGAUAAGCCUAGGUAUGAAAAUGGAGUGUGUGCAUGUAAGUCCCUCGUUUUUUCUAUUUUUUAUCACUUGUGUAGUAUGGGAAUAGGGAAUAAAAUGUAACACCAUGAUUUCCAUUGCUUUCUUCAGUUUCACACCCAUUUUCUUUCAAAGGAGAUGCAACCCUAAAUGAUAAUUUAAAAAUGCAUUUUCUUGAUGUCAAUGGGCCUUAAAUUUUUAAGAAAUCUAUUAUUGCUGGUGUUUAACAAUUUGGAAAUUAUAUCUCUAAAUUGGACUCUGCUAACCGUUAGGAACUCAGGCACCCACAGAGAGCUUUGGAAAGGAAUCUUGUGGCGUUGCCCUUUUAUAGCAGAUUUUUGGGAAACAGCAAAUAAAAUAAUGGUUGCAGCAACUGUGAUAUUAUAUCCUGCUGUCAUAGUCAAUGGUUAUACUACAGUAGGUGCAAAAUCUUAAGCAGUCUGAAUUGUGGAUUUUUAAUACAGUAGUCAGUCAAUUUAUAUAUGCAAAAUAAGUAUAUGUAGUUAUUUGAAUACUCCAAAGGACCCAUAAAAGCUAAACUCUACUGUUAUUAACAAAUGUCGCCUAGGAAAUUUUACUUUCCAUUUGUCUAGGACAGACCUCUUACAGGGAUCCACAUAGGUUUACUUGGUUUUUUUCUUCACUAUUCCCAGAUAUGAUAGCAGUGGGUUGUGAGCUCAAUGGGGUGCACUAUGGCAAUGGCCACAACUUCCAGCCCACUCCUCUUUACAAAUGUCUGUGUGUGAACGGUGCAAUUGGAUGUACACCUGUCUUCAUCUCAAAGCCAGCACCUAAUGAAUGUGCAGCACCGAAGAGCAGAAAGAAAUCUGGACAAUCCAAAUGUGUUUCAGGACAGCAGGAGCAGCAGUCAACCAGUUACAGAUUAAUGUCAGGUAGGCAAGCCUAGACUGAUACCUUCUUCAUGAUAGAUAUAUUUUUUUAAAGAGGUGUUUCCUUAUUAUUUGAGGCAGAUAAAGUUAUUUGCAUUUCCCCUUUUUAAAUAGGUAACAGAAACUUCUGGUACUUGUAGGGCAGCUUUAUAAUUUAAUUUAUAAUUGUUAGAUUGGGGUAGAGUAGGUGCUUGUUUCUUCUUGUAGGUCACUGUUAGGUUCCGGGGCAGGAUUGGGAAACCGUCUUUGUGUCGAGAGCCUCAGAGGUAAUCUUUUGGGGGCUCUGUGCCAGAGCCACAACUUUAGUUCUGCCACUCCUUUUUCUCUCUUUAUGCCCCUUUCUCUCUCUCCCCUCUCCACUGCCAGAAAGAAUGGGAACAGCUUGCUUUGGGAGAACUGUCCCCCCCCACCUCCUUCCAUGACUCCAUUUGUUUGACUCCAUUCUUCCCUCUUAUCACCCCAACCACAUGAAGUUACACCGAGGGCCACAUGCAGGAUCCAGAAUGCAAGUUCCCCACUCCUGCGAUAAGGAUGGGAUUUCUCCCUUUGUUUUAAAUUGUAGGCCUUCCAGAUUUUUCAGCUACAUUAUCAAUAUAGUCAGAAGUACACCAGCCAACCUAGGGGUCCAAAACAAAAUGACUCAUGUAACAUAGAAAAGCUUUUCAGAAGAUAGCAACACUCAUUGGCCGUAGAACAUGCCCUGUAAUGUUGCUUGCAGGAUAUUAGGGCAAGACUAGGUAGCAACUAGAGAAAAGUUGAAAAAGGCAGAUUAGACAAAACAAACAGUUGCAAUCUUACUUCUAUGAAAAUGCUGAGAACCUACAAAACAAUCCAAGCAGCUUAUGAUUUAUACACUAUUAAUGCAUGGUUUGCAUGCUCUCACAAUUAAUUUUGAAAACUAAGGGUUUUUUCCUUCCGUAUCUUGCCGAACAAGCUUAAUUUUAAUAUUUUACUAUCUUUCCUUCUUUUUGCAUGCACUGCCCUAGUUAACAAAUCCCUGUUGUAAAAGCAAUGAAAUUAUUUUAUGUACAACAAAUAUAUAUAUAAACCCACAGCUUUGUAACCUUGCUUUAUUUAUUUCAGAUCUGUGCCAGGCUUUUAAAUUUGCUUCCUGCGCUGUGAUUUUUAAGCUGCUGCUGCUUACUUCCCAGGUACCCUCAUAUAUCUGCUCUGUCCUCUUAAACUGUGCACAUUUCAAAUCUGGUCAGUCAUCCUGUAGAACUCCCAUCAUCAGGAUUUGCUAUGUGGAGAUUGUAAAGAGCAGGUUUAAGAUAUAUAGCUAUUAAUGCUCCGACUCUUUGGAAUGUAGGGAUAAAAGCCCUCCACCCCAAUCCUCUUAAAGAAAACUAAAUUGAUACAGAACUUUCAGCAUAUGUAUGUUGAUAAAGCCUGGCCUAGGUGCCCCAUAUCCACUUUAACACAGGUAUUUCACAUAGCCAGUCUAUUUUGUAAGAACUCUUUCAGGAAAAUGUCUUGCUUUCUAGGGCAGACUUGAGAGUCAUGGCAUUAAGAAACAAACAAGCAGCAUUACCAGGAUAUAAAGUCAAAUCUUUGGAGACUGAGGUGCUAAAUUCCUAUAAAAGUUAAUUGAAUAUGUGGCAGCUAUUUCUUAAAAUCUAAACCCAAUUUCUGUAAUUUAAGCAAGUAAAAUCCAAAAGGUGAUCCUGGUAACCUGGCAUGCUUAAUUUCUCAUGUUCCAUGCUAUUUUUGGGUUGCCUUAGUAGAACUGAUCUGAAUUAAAUGGCUUAAAAAUAUUUGGCUCAAGAUGUAAUAUAAUUCUGUCUUCUAGCUUUCAGAAGUGUGCCGCUUGUUUUAA